CUUCCUCCCUGGGUUAUCAGGAUGAAAAUUGGGCUGGCAGGCCCCAGGCUGCCACCCUCCUCUUCCCCUCUCCCCGUUGCGAGCUGCGUGCCCAGGCCUCGCCCUGCCUCUGGAAGACAGCCCAGACGCGUGCAGACAACUUAGCCUCCAUGGGUGUGAGACAGCGAAGGGGGGAAAAAAAAUCACAUGGAAUAGAGCAGCCAAAGCACGCCACUGGCACCCGGGAGGAAGGAGCAGCCCGCGAAAAGGUUUCGUUUGGUCACUGCCCUGUGUUACCUAUGUAUUUCGAGAUUGUACAUCCACGUGGCCCACUGCCAUGGCACUGACUCAUACCGUCUCGCCCCCGCUGUGUUUUGCAACCGCUGAAGGGUCUUUGGGACUCUUUGUGUCUUUUCUUAGUCCCCCAAGGACUUAGAAGCCUUGUUCUUCAUCUCCUGACCCAGGAUGACCUCCAACCCCACCUAUGAUUAUCCGGAGCCCUAUGCCAACCCACGGCAAGGAGCUGUGGCCUUUGUCCAUAACAUCAGCCUCAUGGGACGACUGCGGCUCACCCAGCCUGUCUGGCUCCAGCUGGGAAUUAAUUCAGCCACUGCCCUCCACAUCUUGCAACGGGAACCGGCAGGGACAUUCCUUGUGCGAAGAUCCAGCACACACCAGUGCCAAGUUCUUUGUCUCCGUCUUUUGGAUGAUUCAGCACCUGCUUUCGUGACAACCUACCGUUUACACCAGGAACGGGCAGCCAUUACGCUGGAAGGAUCGGAUCAGAGUUUUCCCACCCUUCUCCAUCUCGUUGCCUUCUACUGCUCAGUUCCGGACGUCCUCCCUCUUGCCUUACGUCUUCCCCAACCCAUCUGGGAGGCCGCAUCCUGCCAGCAGCUGGAAGCCAUCGCUCACCUGGGGCUGGAAUUUUGGAAUUCCUCCCUCAACGCCAAGGGAUCCACCAGGCUGGCUUCAUCAGGAUCCUCUUUCAGCAUGGGCACAGCCUCUCCAUGCCCCCCUCCAAGAGCCCCCCAGGGUCUGAACAUAUCCCAGGUGGGUAGGGGACAGCCCACCCAAGCCUGUGGCCUGCCCACCCCACCGCUUGAAGGCCCGUCCCUCGAAGAUGUGAGCGUCCGGCGCCAAUAUUUCAAGAGUAACGUCAAGGUGCAAGUCUCCACCGAGGCUGUCAGCCCCCUCUCUCCCCCGGCUGCCCCACCGCCCCCCAUUCCUGUUGGGAAGAAAAAAACGAAACCUGCCCCCCCGCCCCAGCCUCCUGCCUCUGAUGGGAAAGGCCAGUUUUCCGACUGCAACUUCCAAUUCCUCUCCACGGACAAAGCGGUGUAUGGAGAUGCAUGCGGCGGGGAGAUUUUCGCUCCUUCUGCCUCGUUGGGUCAGCUGCUGGGCAUGAUGGAGGAAGAACAGGCCGAGGGGCCAAGCAGGGAAUGCUCUCCCUGGCCCCCCGUUGCUCAAGAUGGCGGGGAAACUGGGCCCCGGAGUCGGGAACUGCAUUUCCAGCCCAUCUGAGCCUGUUUUUUUGAGUGGCAGGAACGUAACUCGCAGCUGCAGAGAAAUUUCUGCCAAAGCCAGGAAUAAAGGUUACAUAAAGAAAUAAAGAAAAUAGAAGAAAUAAAUAAAAAGGGAAAGGGAAAGGG